CACCUCGAUGCCAUCGAACCUUCUUUUUACUCCCAGCUUACUAUAGCUCACAUCGAUAACUCUUGAUGAACUUACUCAGGAUCUUUCCAAGCUUGAGAUCAAUUCUCGCAGUAAAGAUAGCGGCGCGAAAUCCCCUGAGGCUAAACCUAUCGAAUCUAUCGAAUUCGUUCUAUGUGACACAGAAGCCUCAUUUUCCUCUGCUGUAUCACUUCUGGAGCCAUCUUCAUCCCUAAUCAUCGAUUGUGAAGGUCUCGAUCUUGGAGUAAAUGGUGGUGCACUUUCCCUCGUCUGCAUUCGUUCCAUGGCGCCACAAAUUUCGCAAAACUUUCUCUUCGAUUUCGUGGCUCUUUCAGCUCUAAGAUGCUCCCUUCAACCUCUUUUCAACCUCCUCACCAGUCCAAUGAUCCUCAAAAUUCUGUACGACGGACGGAUGGAUUUUUGUGCGCUGUAUCACGGGUACAACGUGGAAUUAGUCAACGUUAUCGAUCUUGAAUUGGUUGAUAUCAAGUCACGGUUUAUUCGUGGAGAAACACCAGAAAAGCACAAACAGAGGCUGAUGAGAUGCUUCUCAUAUAAGCAGGUCAACAAUGUACGGUCCGCGUACAAGUACAAAGAUGUGCAUGUGUUUCAGGGAUUAGGAUCAUGUUUGAUAGAGCACGGAUGUAAAGCCACUUCUCCUAAGAAACACGUUGAUCAUGAAUUGUGGAUGACCCGUCCUUUACCCAACGAAUACCUCCAAUACGCAGCACACGACGUCGAAAUCAUCGAUGCUCUCCAUUCUCACUUUGUUCAAGCCGGAUAUAUUGACCAAGACAUUCCUGCCCAAAGCCAACGCUUUGUCUCCAUAUGGAGCGAUGCUCCUCCGCAGCCUGGAAACAAUUACCGCUCUAACCCCUUAUUACCUCUUGAAAUCCUCAAACCUAACACAUCGACGACAACUAUCCCUUGUCCAGGAUGUGCUCGUAAUCUCUCUCCAUCGUCGUUCCCUCCCGUUCAAUCGGGAAGAUACUGUUGGGUCUGUCUCGCCGUCCCACAGUGGCUGCAUACGAUUCAGUUCAGGAAGGAACAGCGAGAGAAACAAAAAGCAUUGAAGGAGGCUAUGAAAAAUGACGAAGAGAUGAAGAAAGGCAUAGCGACCAGUGCUAUAUUCGGUGACGUGCCGACGAAUUCAAGCUUCAAUGAAAGGCAAAUUACAGCGCGAGGGAGGGGAAAUUAUCGAGGACUGCCUCCGACUAUCAGUGAUAAUUCCACCCGAGGGGGUACGGCCUUCCGAGUUCGGGGCACAAACGGAAUGAUGGGAACUGCCAUUCCUCUUAACACUUCUCAUCAUGGACUGGAUAAUUCCACACGAGGUAAUACGGCCUUUCGAGGACGGGGGGCGAGCGGAACGAUGAGAACUACCAAUCCUCCUAUUCCAGAUUCUUCGAAUACCGGCUUGGAUAAUUUAUCCUCAAACGACGCAAGCCUACCAGUAGGUGGAUGGCGUAGAAGACAAGCAAGGGGGACUUUUCGAGGCCGAGGACUGUCUCCCCCCGUUAAUAAUGCCGCCCGCAGUAGAGGAGGUUAUUUCGCCCCCUCUAUUCCUACCACGCAAACAACUUCUCAAGGACCCCGCGGUGGUGUUUACUAUACGCGAGGCAGAGGGAACCGCGUAGACGCGCAAACCUUGAGACGUGGCACAGGAUGGAGAGUGAGAGUUAGUCGCGGAGAAGCUUCGUCAGCCACUGCAUUGAAUGCGAAUGAAAUCACGGAGUCGUCGUAAGGUGACGCAGGUAGAUCGACUAUGCACGACGGAAAUUUGAGAACAUGUAUGAAUCUACCGAGAAUAAGUAGAUAUGUAAAAUAUUCUGUAUGUCUAUAUCUGGAAUCAUCACCCCUUACCCAGUUCCUUCUAGAGAGAAUCAUUGCAAAUCAACAAUUUGAUACCACUUUGUGAUAAAGUAAUAUAUGUGGUUACAGUGCAACGACAAGUAAUACUUCAGGCUACCUCAGGUACAUCAUUUUCAAACAUUAUGUCGAAUAUUUGCCAGUGGUCAAGCGAACCGAUUCAGAUCAAAUGAACUUCCACGAGGAUUCCAUCUUCCUGUUAAAUACUACAGAAAGAGUCGUCAACUAGACUAUUUCAAA